UUAACAAUAAAGUUUAACAAAGUUUUAAAAUAACAGGACCGCAGUGCCGAUCGUCAUGAUGUCGAUUUCCACGCCGGUGUUUUGUCACAUGGUCGUUGUAGUAAACUUCGCGCAAUGAAUGAAACUUCGAGUGUAAAGAGAAAAAGAGAAACUCCAAAAUUUUGUAAAUACUGUUCAAGUGAAAAUAAUAAGAGGAGACUGAGACUAUAUCAGAUAAAUUUUGAAGAAGCUAUUUAUUUAUGUACAAAUAAGCAGUGUACGUAUCCAUUGAAAGAUGAAAACGUGAUGGAUUUCAUAGUGAAACGCAACAAUGCUGAAAUAACUUUAGUGAACAAAGUGAUGAAGUCACCAAAGAAAAAAUCUGCAAAGAAAAAUAAAAUAUUAUCAUCCGAAAAUUCAUUGUCUUCCAGUCUAUCUGACAGCAAUAAAAUGAACAAUUUGAAUGAAAGUUUAUCAUCUUUAGAUGACAAUUUUAGUGAUUUGAGUUUUAAUUUAAAUUUAUUUAACAACUCAGCAAAUGCUUUAAAUUUUGAAGAUAAUCAAGAUUUGUCUUUAGGAAGAACAAAUAAUACACCCGAAGCAAAAUUUGAUGAUUGUAUUAACAACAUAGAAAGUAUUUGGAAUGGUAUUUUUCAUGAGGAUUCAGUUUCUCCAUUAGACAAUGGUAAUGUGCCAAAUCAAACGGAACAAAAUACGACGAGAAAGGAAGAGACGUUCAUAACUUUUGACGAUUUAAUAAGUGAUUGUGAAAUUACAUACGACGACUAUGUAUCGAGGCCUAGCAAUUGACCAAAUAACCAAACAUGGCUGGAUUUCUUCCAGGCUAUUUUCAGGAUAGAAAUUAAUUUAUUAAGUAGUUUAGAAGAAAUCCUGCAAUGUUUGGUUACUUAAUUUAGUUCAAUUGAAUUUUAUCAGUUUGACCCUUAAAUUGGGUUGUUUAUUCUGUAAAUAUUCACGAAAUCAUUAAAAUGUGCUUUUUAUCUGUGUUUUUAUUUAUAAAGUUUUGCAUAUAGCCAAUUGCAAUAAAUGUACAGUACAUUCUUCCUUUAUGACUCCUCUCAUUAUAAUCUUCAUUUUUAUUACUAACAAACCAUU